CAAGCACACUCGUUCCAGUCUCGUAUUACGUGGUUUAUAACCAGGACGUCACAAUGACCCAGCAUACAGCUCCCUUUGUCGUGUCGUCUCCAGGGAAGGUGAUCAUCUUUGGAGAGCACGCAGCUGUCUACAACAGACCUGCCAUCGCAGCAGCUGUCUCGCUCAGGACAUAUCUACACAUCUCUGAAAGCAGUGACCCCGAGGAGAUUAUGCUGGAGUUCCCGGAUAUCGGGUUCACUCAUAAGUGGAAGCUCUCUGAUCUGCCCUGGGACACUGCUGAGAAGUAUCACAUGGACAAACCACAACCUACAGAUGAGCUUGUUCCGGAGAUUGUUAGUGAACUGGCAAAUGCUCUUGUCGAUAUCUCGAACAGUGUGCACUAUGCAGCAGCAUACUCGUUUCUGUAUUUAUAUGUGUGUAUGUUGAAGAGAUCGUCACAAGGUUAUAGAUUCACUGUUCGUUCUACACUGCCGAUAGGCUGUGGUCUCGGUUCGUCCGCCUCCAUCUCGGUGUGUUUGGCAGCUGCUCUAUCGCUUCUGGGAAACCAUGUUCAACGUGCAUCUUUGAAAGCUACAGAUGCCAACAAGGACAACGAGGACUCUAUGUUCAUAGAUUCGUGGGCCUUUAUGGGCGAGAAAUGUAUCCAGGGGAAUCCAUCUGGUGUUGACAAUGCCGUUGCAACUCACGGUGGUGCCGUUAUGUUCCAAAGAACAUUGGGGUCGGCACCAAGUGUUCGUACCACCAUGAGAAGCUUCCCUCCACUGAGGCUGCUCUUGACAAAUACCAAAGUUCCUAGAAGCUCAGCUAAAAUGGUUGGAAACGUUGGUAGAUUGAACCAGGAGUAUCCAAAGACAACAACAAGCAUCCUUGACGCCAUCGACUCAUUGACUAGAGAAGGCUACAACAUUAUGAUCAAGCCAUUUUUCAACGACUCUGCCAAAUCUCGUCUCAGUGAACUGUUCGAGAUAAACCAUGGACUUCUUGUCGCAUUAGGUGUCUCCCAUCCAGCAUUGGAAAGAGUGAGAAUCUUGACAGAUGAGUUGAAAAUCGGUAAGACAAAGCUGACAGGUGCCGGUGGUGGUGGUUGUGCUAUCACUUUGCUCAACGAUGACGCAGAGGAGAGCGUUAUCCAAGAGCUCAUCAAAAAGUACCAAUCACUUGGGUUUGAAACAUAUGAAACUACAUUGGGAGGUAAAGGUGUUGGUUAUAUAGAGGUUUCUGAUUCAUUCCCAUACACUGCCCAAGAUUUUGUCGAAUUUGAAGACCGCAACGCUAUUGACAAGGCCAUGAAUGCCGGAUCCCUUGAGUGGAGAUUUUGGUGAUUUAGUUUUUAAUUGUGCUCAUAUACCACUUGUGCUAUUAAAUAUUAACGACUAGAAUACAUUGUCUAGAUACCUCU